CUAAAGCGUCUAUUCUAGUAUACAGGGUGCGUCACCAAAACCCGAACAAAUUUCAAUUUAAAUUUUCCGCUAUAGUGUAUCUCCGCCAGAGGUUGUUGACGUCCGAGAAAGCCUAAUGCUUCUAGUAAACAGUCAUAUUCUCAAAAUGGCCGCGAUGUUGAAACUAAGUGCGGAGUAUAAUCGAAGAACCGCGAUCAUCGAAGGCCUUCGCGCUGAGUGCCCAGCAACGAAAAUAAUUCGGUUCUUUGGAUACCCGAUCAACCAUUUAUGAUAUUGUGGUAAAAUAUAGAACAGUCCAACAAAGGCCAGCGAGGAAGAGUCACUCGAAGGAACGCACUGCGAGAAGCACUCCGCAGUCGUUGAAAGAACUCAAGUGUUGAUUUCGGAUGACCUAGACAAUCGUUGCGCGUUCUGAUGGAUGUAAUGAAGCCGUGGAUGGAAACUGUGGCGUCCGGAAAGCCAUAUGUUUUUUAGCAGGACGGUGUACUGGCUCAUACGAGUCAUUUGAUUCAAAAUUGGCCCUCAGACAACGUCGAUAUGUUUUGGUCCAAGGAAUUCUAGUCUCUCAACAGCCCAGAUUUAAAUUCCUUGAACUACUACGUAUGGAGCGUAGUUGAAAGAAUCACAAACAAAUCUCAGCAUCCUAAUGUGACAUCAUUAAGGAUCGCUAUUGAGGCAGCAUUCGUCGGCAUAGACGCUACAUUAUAGCGUGCGUGCGAACGCUUCAGACCGAGAAUAGAGACCGUCAUUCAAGCUAAUGGAGGAUCUCAAAUAAUUGUGUUCUACAGGAUCCCUCAAGUGCCAUAAUACCUCAAAAACGAUUAUUGCAAGAAGAUCGUCGAAGAGCUAUAACAGAGUUCAUGAAUAAUGAAUUAGCAGGAGGCAAACGACGUUGGCAAGGUUCUAAUGCAGAACCAAAAACAGUUUUUAGUCGAUUAAGUGCACGUGUUCCAUCUACUGCAGAUGAUAGUGCUGAUGAAGAUGAUAAUAUUACCAAGCCUGCUGUAUCAUCCAGAGUAAUAGCUACUCCUCGAGAAAUUCCUUCACGUCAAGAAGUUAUCAGACGAGAAAGAACAGAUGAGCGUAGUCGACAAAGAAAUAAACGAAUGUUUGGUGCACUUUUAGGUACUUUACAAAAAUUUAGACAAGAAGAAACUAAACUCAAAGCGAAGGAAGAUAAAAAAGCAGAAGUGGAAGCUAGAGUAGAAGAAGCUAGAAGACGAGAAAAAGAAGAAUUGCGAAGAGAGAGACAACAAUUAUUUUUGUCACGAAAACGGCAAUUGGCUGAAGUGCGAGCAUUGGAAGCAAAGCUUGCACGUAGUCGACAAUUUCAAGAUUGGCGCAAUGCACAGUUACCUCUUGCUUUAUUUAUUAAAACACACGCACAACCUUCUAUUUAUUAUAUACCAAAACGUAAACACCCACAAACAGACAUGUUAUUAGCGCAGUCCACGAAAGAACUUCAUGAGGAAAUUGAAAAAAGAGAAAAAGCAUUGAUUGAAGAAUUAAAUCUAAUAGAGGUUCAGAUAGGGUUAAGCAAACAUUCACAAAACUUUGAAGCAUCUUCAUCUUUACAUACUGUAGAAGCUCCACGUUUACUAGAAGAGGGUGAAGAAAAUCGAGAUCCUAAUCCAGAACAUAAUAUUGAGGCUGCAAUCAAUGAUAGUAAUGAUAAUGCUGAUAUUUCAAUAGAGUCUGUAAUAGAUGAAAAUUGUGAUGAUCAUACAGAGAAAAAGGAAGAAGUACAAUUGGAUCAAGUUCAACAUGAUGUAAACAAUGGCUAGUAUGUAUAUUUGCUACAAUAAAAAGUUGUACAUAUUAUGUACAGCCAAUGGUCUGACACAAAAUGAGGAUUUUCAUAGUAAGAGAAUUUUCAUAGUCUUCAAGUAUUGUUUUAUGAUUGUAUAAUUAAAGACAUCCCAAAAGAAAA